AAAAAUAUUUACAUUGAUAAAUCAAUGAAUCGAACGAACGACGAAAUUGAUUUUGUUAUAGAAUUGUGUAUCUUAUAGGUCAUAUAAAGUACUCUUUAUAAUUCAAUAUCAUAAUAUGUGCAAUAUAUUAUUCAAAAGGCAAGAAAAUAUCAACUAGGAGGCCCAAAGAUGAUUCAAAGCGAAAAUGUUAUUGGUGAUGGAGCCAAAUCUGAAAAAGAGAUAUCACCCCUGCCCUUAAAUCACCGUUUCUUAGAACCACAAAGAGCUGUUAAAACAAUCACUGAUAUGGCAAUAUGGGAAAAAUCUGAAGCUUACAUGGAGUAUACUGGUUUCAUUGCAACUCUCAAUGAAGCUAUUAAAGGUAAACCACUCUCAGUUGACUGUAAGAUAUCACCAAGUGUUACCAAACUUGUGGAAAUGCUAGAAAAAAUUGAUAAGUUAAUUGAUGAAUUCCCACCUAUAGACCAACCACAGAGAUUUGGUAACACAGCAUUUAAGGAUUGGUUGGCAAAACUCAAGUUGAAUGCAACACAAUACCUUCAAGAUGCAUUAGACCAAAAACUACAUUUGGCAAUACCUGAGAUCAAGAUAUAUUUAGAAGAGAGUUUUGGAAAUGCAACAAGAAUUGACUAUGGGACGGGUCAUGAGAUGUCAUUUAUUAUGUUUUUGUGCUGCAUAUAUAAAAUAGGAUGUCUGAACACUGAUGAUAAUGUAGCUACAGUUUUCUUAAUAUUUAAUAAAUACUUAUCUAUUGCAAGAAGGUUGCAGCAAACAUACAGAAUGGAACCUGCGGGCAGUCAUGGAGUUUGGAGCCUUGAUGAUUAUCAGUUUGUGCCAUUCAUCUGGGGUAGUUCUCAGUUCAUUGACCAAGCAAAAGUUCAUCCUCCUGGCAAGUUCUUAGAUGAUGAUAUAAUAGAGAAGUUCUCAAAUGAAUACAUGUUUUUGUCUUGUAUUAAGUACAUAAAAGAGGUUAAGAAGGGCCCAUUUGCCGAACAUUCUAAUCAGUUGUGGAGCAUAAGUGCUGUCGCCUCUUGGUAUAAAAUAAACCAAGGCUUGAUAAAAAUGUACAAGAAGGAAGUCCUCGCAAAGUUUCCUGUUAUACAACAUGUCCUAUUUGGAUCUCUCUUACCUAUUCGUAGAUUCCCUAUACAACACUAAAAUGCAGCAAAAAUUUUGAUUAUCUUUGUUCCUUAUGUGUCAGUAUUAAUUUAUUGUGUUGAUUUGAUUUGAAGAUGCAAAAGAAAAUGUGAUAUUAUAUUUUAUGAACAUAAUGAUUAUGUGUGAUUCUUCUUUAUUUAGUUUAAUUAUUUUAAACUUGAUGCUUUGAUGGCAUGAUUUAAAGAUAUUAUAAUAUUUAAGUAAUAUGUAGCAUUGUUACAUUUUAAUAAAAUAAAAACAUACAUACUG